AUGCUCCAGCGACGCCCUAUCGACUACCCAUUCGACGUUACCGACGAGGAACACGCGUUGCUGGAAACAACCGAAGAAGGUAGUGAGCGCUCUUCUAGACCGGUGUCUCCGACUGCGCAUCUGGUGGCGCAUCAGUUUCAUAAAUCAUGGUGGAUACAGCUUCUGACUUAUACUAUCCUAUUUUGUGCGAGCACCUGGGUCGGAGCCCAUUAUGAACAGCCGGGCGACGUGCGUUACAGAGAUGCAGUCCAGUCCGCCGUUGCACAUCCGUUAAGACAAGGGUACGGGAAACAAGAGAAAAUUUUCAUCGCUGCGUUAUUCUUCAACAAUGAACUAGUCAUACCCUACUGGCACAACUCUCUCGUCCAAGCUAUACAUUAUCUCGGUCCAGACAACGUCUUCGUCUCGAUCGUCGAGAGUCACAGUACUGAUGCCUCGCCUAAGCUUCUUCAAGAACUGGAUGCAGACCUUGCACUCAUGGGCGUGUCGCGGCGCAUAAUUACAGAAGACGAGACUAUAUCCAGACCUGACUAUUUGGGCGGGAGGGAGCGCAUCGAAUUCUUAGCCGCAACUCGUAACCGCGCACUUGAGCCCCUAAUGGAAGGAGGAUACGAUAAAGUUGUCUUCUCGAAUGACAUAUUUAUUGAACCCGAGACCUUGGUAGAGUUAUUGGAGACGAAUAGUGGUGACUAUGACAUGGCAUGCGGUCUGGACUUUGGGCAUUUCGGCGCAUACGAUAUGUGGGUCCUCCGAGAUCGACAGGCAAAACUCACCAGUGGAAUAUGGCCAUAUUUCUUCGACGAAGCAGACUAUCGCGCGAUGCAGACAGACUCUCCCGUGCCUGUAUUUUCCUGCUGGAACGGUGUCGUCGUCUUCGCCGCAGAUCCUCUCAUUCCCAUACCUUUGCGAUCCAACCGCACGCUUUCUACUGACCCUUUACCAUACGAAUUACCCUCGACACACCCAGCAACACAAUAUCCCUCCAUGCGUGGUCCUAGUCCCGCUCUGACACCCCCAAUACAGUUCCGCGCAUCUGCCCUAGGAGAAUGUUUCUCGUCAGAAAGCUUUUUGCUCCCAUACGACCUGAGACGACAAUUCAAUCUGCAGCGCAUAUAUGUAAACCCGAGGGUAAUCACUGCGUACAAAUGGAGAUAUUAUGCAUACUUCAAAUGGUUCAUGCGCCAUCCCGCACUCCGGUGGUGGAUCGAAAAGGUGUACAAUGGAGCAUGGAUGGCGAGAACUGUCUUUGUUGUGGGCGAUGCCACUCAGGUGUACCGAUGGGACGGGGGGGAUUGUCAUCCGUGGUUUUGA